CUGAUUUCAUUUGGUCAACAACAGUUGGUACUGCUGUGUCGCCGGGCGGUUAAGUGUAAUUUUAGUAAUAUUUCCCGCUAGAGGCGCUAGUAUUUUACGUCGACGUUUACUAUUCGUUUCCGGUUUACGUCGUAGCUUAACGACGUUCUUCAUUUUUCAUUAUACAUCCGUUUGCAUACAAUAACUAUAUUCGCUACCGGAAGUUCUGUAGUUUCGUUAUCGAUGCGUAUAUUUACGAUUUACAGAAAUGGCGACUGCUGUGCCAUCGAGAUUCGCUGUUCUCAGCAUUGACGAUGACGAUUGUAAGCCGAAGAAAACUCAGAAGAAUGUUGCUGCUGGUAAGACAAAUCAAAAAUCCAAAAACGAUAAAUCGAAGCAACAACAGCAACAAAAGAAGGAUGACAAAAAAAAACAAAACAAGGGGAAAAAGAAAAAAUCCAAUAACAGUAAUAGCAACGAAAAUCAACAAUGGGAACAAUGGAAACAAAAAGACACAAUGGCUGUCGAGGAAACUUUUGAGCAAGAAUUGCAUCAAGCCAUCUUACUAUCAAAACUGGCUUACGAAGAACAACUAGUAAGUGCAGCUAAGUCAGACAAAGAACAGGAACCAAGUAAGAAAUCAGGGAAAAAGUCAAAAAAGGCUACUAUGACAUUGGAGGAAUUCAACAGUAUGGGAUCCAAUGCUCCUCAGGAAGCAGUUACACCUCCUGAAUGUGGGGAGACUAAAACAAAAGAACCGGAUGUAGAAUUUUUUGAAAGGAUUGAGAAGGAAACAAAAGAAGAAAUUACGAAAGGAAAGGAAAAGGAUAUGUUAAGGGCAAGGUUGAAUAAAAUUGAUGAUGAUAUCACAUCUGCCCAAUUAAGGGUCGAAGUAGAAAAACGUGACGAAAUUAUUAAACAGUUAAGAACACAGGUCGAAAAAUUAAAGGAAGAAUUAACACAGGUUAAGGAAAGAAAUAAAAAACUAUAUCAGAUAUUAUCUCAUGGUGAAAUGAAAGACAAGGCUUCCGUACUAGCCGAAGUAGCGAAAUUACAAGAAAUACGAGAUGAGUUAACAACAGAGGUGGCAUCUCUACAUGCACAAUUAGAACAAGAAAGGUCCAAAACACGAACUAAUAGUACAGACGUUAAACCGUCAAAACAAACUAACAAGAAGAGGCCAGCCAGCGAAAAUGCCUAAGUUAAAAAAUAUUUUUAUUGGAUGUAAAGUACUAAACCAUUGUGAUCUACAAAGCUUAAUUUACUACUAAUGGUUAAUCAGUUAACAGUCUUAAGACUGAUGUGUAAUUAUUAAAGGUUAAGAUCUCAUAGAAAUGUAUCACGUACUUGACAUCUAAGUAUAUAAAGAUUUUUUAAGUACAUAUUUUUCAGAUAUAUAGUUCAUUCGAUAAAAAUAUCAGCAUGUUCGUAUUUUUCUAAACUGUACAUUUUCAUUUGUAAUUCGCCUUAGUUUCUAACGACAUUUUACAUGAAAUUCUUGCGACAUCAUCUCUCAAACUUCGCGCGAACUUACGUUAGUGAGUUGAUACUAUGUGAGAUAUUUUGUAAUAAUUGUAUUCGGUAUACUAUUCGAUAGUAAUAAUUCUUUUAACGCUCUGUUAAAGCAAUAAACAGGAAUUAACAUAUUGUCAAAAAUACGAUGUGUAUCGUAGAAGUAAUAACGUCUCGUUUAACAUGAACAUACAUAGAUAUUAAAUAUUAAAGAAGAAGAAUAAAAUAUUUUGUUCCAUGAGACUGAACAGAACUUUGUACGCAAACAAAAUUUCAGGUCCUAAAUAUACUAUCAUGAAUGUAUCAACUAACGAAAUAAAUAUAUUUUCACAAAAUG